AUGAGUGACACCGGGUCUAAGCCUGGCCCUGAGCCAAGUGAGCGCACUGCCAUUGGUAUUACCUUUGGCAACUCCAACAGCUCCAUCGCCUACGUCGUCGACGACAAAGCGGAGGUUAUUGCAAACGAAGAUGGAGACCGCCAAAUUCCCACAAUCCUCUCAUACGUCGACGGCGACGAGUACUACGGCCAGCAGGCCAAGAACUUCCUCGUCCGGAACCCCAAGAACACAGUCGCCUACUUCCGGGAUUUCCUAGGGAAAGAGUUCAAGUCGAUCGACCCUACCCACAACCAUGCCUCGGCACACCCCGAAGAGGCCGGCGAGACCGUCUCGUUUACGGUCCAGGACAAAGCCGGCGAGGAGGAGGGGCCUUCGACGCUGAACGUUUCCGAGGUGGCCACCCGCUAUCUCCGCCGCCUGGUCGGCUCCGCCUCCGACUACCUCGGAAAGAAGGUCACCUCCGCCGUCGUCACCGUCCCCACCGACUUCACCGACAAGCAAAAGGCGGCCCUCGUCGCAGCGGCCGCGGCGGCCGACUUGGAGAUUCUCCAGCUUAUCAGCGAGCCGGUGGCCGCCGUGCUCGCGUACGAUGGGCGCCCCGAGGGCAAGAUUGAGGACAAGGUGAUUGUGGUUGCGGAUCUGGGCGGCACGCGCUCCGAUGUUGCCGUGGUGGCCAGCCGCGGGGGCAUGUACACGGUCCUUGCGACGGUGCACGACUACGAAUUCGCGGGUGUGGCUCUCGACAAGGUGCUCAUCGACCACUUCGCCAAGGAGUUCCUCAAGAAGAACUCGAGCGCUAAGGACCCGCGCGAGAACGCCAGGAGUCUGGCCAAGCUGCGCCUCGAGUCCGAGUCGACAAAGCGGGCGCUCAGCCUGGGCAACAACGCUAGCUUCAGCGUCGAGAGUCUGUCGGACGGCAUCGACUUCGCCAGCACCAUCAACCGCCUCCGCUACGAGACCAUCGCGAGGACCGUGUUCGAGGGCAUCAACCGGCUGGUCGAGUCGGCCGUCAAGAAGGCCGGCCUGGACGUGCUGGACAUCGACGAGGUCAUCCUCUCCGGCGGCACCUCGCACACCCCGCGCAUCGCCACCAACCUCGGCUACCUCUUCCCCCAGACGACCAAGAUCCUAGCCCCCUCCACCGAGGUGACCGCCCUCAACCCCUCCGAGGCCGAGGCCCGCGGCGCGGCUCUCCAGGCCAGCUUGAUCCAGGACUACGAAGCCGAGGACAUCAACCAGUCGACCCACGCCGCGGUGACCACCGUACCCCACGUCGGCAACGCCAUCGGCGUGAUCUCGGUCAACGAGGCCGGCGAGGAGGUCUUCGUCCCCAUCAUCCCGCCGGAGACGGCCGUGCCCGCGCGGCGCACCGUGCACGUUUCGGCCCCCAGCGGCGGCGACGUCCUGGUCAAGGUUGUCGAGGGCAACACGCACAUAAAAGUGACGCAGCCCGAACCCAAGGUCAAGGCGCCCGAGUCCAAGGCGGCCAAGGUGGAGGACGCCGACGAGGACGGUGACGACGAUAGCGAUUUCUCGGACGAUGACGACGAGGAGGAGGACGAGGAGGAGAAGCGGGAGAAGGUCUGGAAGAUCGGGGCUACCCUCGCUGAGGCGGGUGUCAAAGGUGUCAAGAAGAACGGCAAGGUCGAGGUGUCGAUUACUGUGGGCUCGGAUCUGUCGGUGAUUGUAACAGCGCGGGAGGUUGGUGGUAAGGGCGGUGUUCGGGGGACGCUUGCCGCUGCGAGUGCUUAG